UCCAAUUCUUCUAACUUGUUUCCCUACUUCAUAACUUACAGGAAAUAGAAAUAGCUUCUUUCAGUAUAGAAUAGUUCAAAAUAGCGCUCAUUAUAUCUUUCAUUUCGCCUGACGAAAAUGAACAAACCCGGCAAACAAAAGGGGACCCGAAUUCCACAUCCAGAUAAUCCCGGAGAAAAAAGCAGCCAAUUUAACGGAGUUCGGCUGCGACAAUGGGGGAAAUGGGUUUCCGAAGUGAGAAUUCCCAAAUCUAGAGCUAAAAUUUGGCUGGGGUCUUACGACACCGCUGAACAGGCAGCCCGUGCUUUUGACGCCGCCUCUUAUUGUCUGCGAGGACCUCACGCCAAACUCAAUUUUCCCGACACCAUUCCCGCCAUUCCGUCUGCGUCAUCACUUUCCCGGCGGCAGAUUCAGGUAACCGCCGCCAAAUACGCGCGUGGCCAAAUCUCCUCCACAUGCAAAAAUAGUAACGACGUUUUGGCGGCGAAGCCCACGUCGCCGCCAAUUUCAGUUUGUUCGACUGUGCUAGAAAUGGAGACGUCAAGUGACAGUCUGUUGAUGCCCGCGGAGCCGGACUUUCUGUUCUGGGAAUCUUUGUUCCGACAUUCUGAAGGCAAUCAGUCUUUGAAUUUAGACAAAUUACUGUCACUUGACGGAACGACAUCGGAAUAAAACGACAGCAACACGGUAGCAGGGGUCCAUUUUCUUCGACCCUAUGUUUGGAAUUUUUUGGCAGAGUUGGACAAAUAGGGGAAAACUGCUUUGCGAACACAAAUCAAAUCUUUUUCGUCCACGUUAGCAAUGUUGCCACGUAGAGUAGCAACAUGUCCGUGGCAAUUCUUUUGUAAAUAUUACAUGUCAGGAAACAAUUUUAAUAUGAUUUUUAAAACAGGCUGUAACUACAUAUUGGCGAAUUAUUUUCUAUUUAUAUUGAAAUUCAUAAUGUUCUAAAGUUUUAGUUCGA